AGCAGCGGACCUUCUUCCACAGUGUGUGAUCCUCUGCAUCCCUUAUCGUCUGCGCAAAAAGGGAUGAGCAGGGAGGUCUCCAUCCUCGAUCUUAUGAUCACGAAUGGCCGAAAGGGAUCUCCAGGGUCACGGAUUUCCCUGUAAGUGAGCCAUGCUGAAGGAGUCAUGACCAAACUAUACGAGUUCAACUGGCAACGGCCCGUGCCGCCAGCACUGCUCAAAGGAUGCUUUUUCGACAGGUGGGAGGAGGAAAAAGAACAAGCCGCAUAUGAACCGAAUGCUUUGUUCAAAGUCGAUGAAUAUGGCUUUUUCAUCUACUGGAAAAGCGAAGGGAGGGAUGGCCAAGCCCUCGAGUUAUCCCAAGUGAAUGACAUUCGAGCAGGAGGCGUCCCGAAGGACGCCAAACUUCUGACCGAGCUACAGGCAAAGAGCAAGAACAACUUGGAGGACGUGAGCCUGACCAUCUGCAGCGGCUCGGACAUGGUCAACAUCAACUACACGCACGUUGUGUGUCCGGAUGUAGAAACGGCCAGAGAGUGGCAAGCUGGUCUACGCUACAUCACGAAUAAUAUCAAAGCCAACAAUGUUUGCCCAAUGACGUGCCUCAAGAAACACUGGAUGAAAUUAGGCUAUCUAGUCGAUCCAGAUGGAAAUUUGCCAAUCAAAAGGAUAGCGCAAACUUUUGCUUCCGGCAAAACAGAGAAGCUAGUCUACCAGUGUAUUGGUGAAGUUGGUCUGCCAAAUGGAAAGAACGAUGUUAUUGAUGGAAGAGAUUUCACCUUCGAAAAAUUUCAUCAACUUUAUAACAAGCUUUGUCCACGUAGCGAUAUCGAGGAAUUAUUCAAUAAUAUAACACAAGACAAAAGUGAGACUAUUACAGUCAAACAACUCAUCAACUUUUUAAACAAAAAACAACGAGAUCCACGGCUAAAUGAAAUUCUGUAUCCUUUCUAUGAUGAACUGAGGGCAAAAGAAAUUAUUAAUACUUACGAAAGAAAUCCAGAGAUGGCACAACAAGGUCUAUUGAGUCAGGGCGGUCUGAUAAGGUACCUGAUGUCCGACGAAAAUGCCCCGGUGUUCCUGGACCGUCUGGACAUCUACAUGGAGAUGGACCAACCUUUAGCUCACUAUUAUAUCAACUCCUCGCAUAACACUUACUUGACGGGACGACAAUUCGGAGGGAAGUCGUCCGUUGAGAUGUACCGACAAGUGUUGCUGGCAGGAUGCAGGUGCGUUGAGCUAGAUUGUUGGGACGGUAAAGGAGAAGACGAAGAGCCCAUCAUUACUCACGGAAAAGCGAUGUGCACGGAUAUUUUGUUCAAGGAUGUUAUUUAUGCUAUUCGAGAUUGCGCAUUCGUCACGUCAGAAUACCCGAUCAUACUCUCAUUCGAAAACCACUGCAGUAAAAAGCAGCAGUACAAACUUGCCAAGUACUGCGACGAUAUUCUUGGAGACUUGCUUCUAAGGGAACCUUUACCUGGAUAUCCAAUUGAACCAAAUAUACCGUUACCAAGCCCAAAUGAUCUCAAGAGAAAAAUCAUAAUCAAAAACAAACGCUUACGUCCAGAAGUUGAAAAGCAGGAACUGGAACUUUGGAGAAAAGGUCAACUGCAGAACGAUGACGAUGAUGACGAAAAAGAAGAUGCAGCACCUGAUCUCACGCUGAUCACAGAUGAUAUCAGCCAGGAUGGUGAAAAGAAGGUAAGUUUCAAUUCUGGAAGUCUGUGUAACGGAGGAUCUUCUUGUAGGGGUUCCACCAAGUCUCCGGAUGUAAAGGAAGCUCCCCAGCUAGAUGAGCAAAUAGCCAUCGCCAACUACAAGUACACGGGAGCAACUGUGCACGUGCACCCAUAUCUCUCGUCACUCGUCAAUUACGCACAACCGGUCAAGUUCCUAGGAUUCGACGUCGCAGAAGAAAAGAAUUUGCAUUUCAACAUGUCUUCCUUUGCUGAGAACACGGCUUUGGGUUAUUUAAAGUCACAGGCUAUAGAAUUCGUCAACUAUAACAAGCGUCAACUGAGUCGUAUCUAUCCGAAAGGCACAAGAGCAGAUUCAAGCAAUUAUCUUCCACAGAUUUUUUGGAAUGCUGGAUGCCAAAUGGUGGCACUGAACUUCCAAACGCCUGAUUUGCCCAUGCAACUAAACCAAGGAAAGUUCGAAUACAACGGUGGCUGCGGGUACCUCCUGAAGCCGGACUUCAUGCGGCGUCCCGACAAGACGUUCGAUCCUUUCGCGGAGUCUCCCGUGGACGGUGUGAUCGCGGCCCAGUGCUCGGUGCGGGUCAUCUCCGGCCAGUUCCUCUCCGACAAGAAAGUCGGCACCUACGUCGAAGUGGACAUGUACGGCCUGCCCACCGACACCAUUCGGAAAGAGUUCCGAACGCGCCUCGUGCCCGCCAACGGUCUCAACCCCGUCUAUAACGAGGAGCCUUUCGUCUUCAGGAAGGUUGUCCUUCCUGACCUGGCGGUGAUCCGGAUAGCUGUCUAUGAUGAAAACAGUAAAAUGCUCGGACAGAGGAUUCUUCCUCUAGAUGGUUUACAGGCAGGUUACCGGCACGUCUCUCUACGAACGGAGGGGAACUUCCCCAUGUCUCUGGCCAUGCUGUUCAUUUGUAUAGAACUCAAGAUUUACGUUCCAGACGGUCUAGGAGACCUGAUGGAUGCUUUGUCGGACCCUCGAGCAUUCCUGUCAGCCCAGGAGAAGCGAUUGGUCCAAAUGCGGGCCAUGGGUAUUGAGGAGGCGGACAUCCAGACCAAGGACCUACAGCUGGGAACAACUAACUCCAUUACGAAAAAGGAUGAGGACAAAAAGGAUGACUUCAAAAUCGAACCAAUCACGUCGGAGAGCCUGAAGACCGAGAAGGCCUUCUUGAAGCUGAUGCGCAAACAGCAGAAGGAGCUGGACUCCUUACGCAGGAAGCAGCACAAGGAGAAGACCGUCAUCCAGAAGCAGCAGUGCUCGGCCAUCGAUAAGACCAUCAAGAACAUCAAAAACUGUGAUGACAUGGCUAAUGAUCCACAGAUUCGCGAGUUAGUAGUCAUCCAGAUGAAGCAAUGGUCGGCCAUGAUGGAAAAGCACAGGCGAGAGGAAUGGGAUUUGCUCAAAAACCACUUGUUGCAACAAAGGGAGAUCCUCCAGAGGCUUAUGGAAAUCGCACAGGCCUCUCAAAUGAAGCAGCUAGAAGCUAAAUUUGAAAGGGAGAACAAAGAAAUGAAAGGCAAGCAGGCGAAGGUCUCCGUUGAAACAGCGAGGGAGGUGGCGAGUGAUAAGACACUUAGAAACAAGGCGGAAAGAGAAAGGAGACUUCGUGAGAAAAACAGCAACAACACGAAGAAGUUCAUCGAGGAGCGCAAAACGGCAGCCCUGAAGCAGAGCAAAGAAAGGGAAAAGCUCAAGAAAGUGCACGAGAAACAGCUGCAGGACCUCGCAAGAGAGACUGAACAGUCCAUUGAAUCGUACAACAACGCAGAGGCUGAGUGCAAGCUGGCUGCCAAAAUGGAGUGCUUCAUAUAAAGACUCAUUUUUAAUUCCUGUCUACCAUCAUUCCUUCUCGUUUCCAGGCGUCUCUGUAACCCCGGGGCAUGCUGGAAAACUUCACUGUGCCAAAAAUAAAAAACAUAUUUUAAAAUUUCGCAGCAUGCCCCGUUUUCACCUUCUUCCAUAGUUCUGGUAAAAAACAAAUUUCAUUAAUCCUUUUGUAAGAUUCGGCACGAAUUUGAGGUUCUAGCAGAUAUUUUUUACAGUGUUCCUGCGAGGAAUAAAAUAUUCUUACGUGAAUAAACAUUCAUGCACUAACAUUCGGAACGAUCAGGUUACUUUUCACAUUCUGUAACGCAAAAGCGGAACGCGAUUGCUAUUUCAAUGGAUGGUUAUUGCAAUAAUUAAUCUAAACAUAUUGAAAAAUUAAGAAUUUUGGUUUUUAUCUUUUCUAUUUUAAUAUAUCAUUAAUCAAAUGAAAUAUUUAAAACAAUUCGCAAAAUAUAUCUUCCAGUGUGUUCAUUCUAAGAACUGACUCAGGCAGUCUGCCAUCGCCUGUUGCUAUGGAAACUAGAGAAAGCUACUUUUCUUUUGGGUAUAUUCGAAAGAAGUUCAUUCAAGAUGGGCAUGUUUAUCGAUAACUGAAUACAACACCCGUUAAACUCGCUUAUUUGAAAUAAUGCGAUACCUAUUUCCAUAGCAGUUAUCAUAAUGUGGACAAUGUCUGUGACAGUUUUCGUUAUUGAGCAGUUGUUUGUUUUUGUUGAAGGAUAUUUUACCUCGAAUAUGAUUUUUAUAAAAAUUACAUGUGAAAGUAUUUGAAAUAUUUUUGUAAAAUAUUUAUUCAAGGCCAAAACAUGCAGAGUGUCUCAAAACAAUUACCCUUAUGUAAACUGCUUAUCAUUUUAUUACUAGUAUGCUUACAAAUAUCAUUCUUUGACACUAAACUUUAGCAAGUAUUAUUUAAGGCACUUGAUAUAAGGCUUAUAGAUAUGUGGCUUGUGCACUUGCAGUAAAUGGUGUCUUAUAAAGGAAUUCGGUAGUACCUUGUCCAUUGAACUCUUCGCUAUCAGAAACUAACAUUCAUCUUGACUUCUGCAACGAUUUCACAAAUGUUGUCUUAGGAGGCUACACGAAUACCUUACAAAUGUUCGUAGAUUUUGAUCACUGCAUGGCAUUUGUCUUUUUUUAAUCGUAUAUAAAGAAAUUUUGUAUCCAAGAAUUGAUCGAUCUGUUGUUUAAUUUUGUAGAGAUUUUAAAAUUUGAUAUGUGCCGUUUUGGUUCGUUUUUCGUUACGUCUUAGUCUACAGCAGAGAACAUUGCUCCAUUUCUUUGAUAAAAACCAUGUUUUUAGAUUAAACAAAAAUACUGACCUUAAUGAUUUCGAAGAACAAAAGACUCAUAAUGAUUGGUUGUUGUCACCAAAUGGAGUAAUCCCAAUUGACCAUAUAUGAAUCAAGGAGUCAUAUUGAAAAGUUCCGUCUUUUGUGUCAAAUCAAAUCAGUAACAUGUAGCUAGUAAAGAUUGUUUCACCUUAUUUGCGAAUGAAAAUAAAAAUUUAUGCAAUCUCUAGAGCGAAAAAACUUUAUGAAAUCAGGAUAAAUAUAUUGAGGCACUCUGUAAUCUCAUUAUUUAUUCAUCUGAUUAUCUGAGGUAUUUAUUUACAUUUACCUAUUUAAUUCCACUUUAUAGCCUAAACUGACAUAUGUUUGAUUUCAUAAUCAAAGCAAACUAUUUUUCGUUUCCUCGUAGGCAGUGUAAAUAGCUGUUCACUUCUGUGAACGAAAUUUUAUUAUUAUUUUUACAAUAAAAUUUACUACUUAUUUUUUGAUAUAAAACAUAGGAAUUGGUUUUAUCUAAAUUUAUAAGCUUUUAUCACUCAAUUUAUUUAUGUGUGCUUCAGCUUAUAAUUAAUUUUUCUUCGGUUAAAAUAUAUUUAUAAUAGAAAAAUACUGUGAUACUCAAUAAAUAGUAACGGAUAGGGGACUAUGUUAGGGUUUACAGAACCUUUAAGACUGCAUUGCUUAAUUCAAUCUAAGAUUGAAAACAUUCGUUCGGAGGGAAUUUAUCAAUGCAAUUUUACUAUACUAUAGUAUUUCUUUAUGAAAAGUAUGCUACCAAAUGUAUCAGUUGAAUGUAAUUUCCUGAAGAACUUGAAAGACUCGAGCAUCGAAAGGAUCUACACAAACCUGAUUAUCAGUUUAUAGGAAAACAAGAGUAUGCUUUCGUCAUUUGUUAUAAAGGAAAGGAUUUUUUUAUUAAUAUAAAUUUUAGAUAUCACUUUGAUUUUUAGUGUUUAUUUGUUGCUUAGAAACUUUAAUUAUGAUGCUUAUGAAACGAUAGUUAAAUCGUUUUUCCUAGUCAUGUAGGUAUUGUAGUUUUGUUGAACUUUAUUUCCAAGAAGGUAAUUAUAUGUAAAUUUUUCUCUAAAGUGCUGUACAAUUUAUUCUAGAUUUCUUCUUUGUCUAUUAAGUCCUUAUCAGAUCAUUUCCUCAAAUUUAAACAAAUUGCGAUCAAUAAAUAGCUAACGGCUUUUUUUUUUCAAAAGCAGCUAAAUUUACAAAUGUUUUUUUAAUCGAUAUUUAUAAAGGGUGUUCCAAAAUUAACGCAAGAUUUGAAUUUGACCCCAUUUGUGCAGUAAAGUGUUGUCAACCUUACUAAAAACCAUUUGACAGCCAAUAGUUUAGGGUUAGUAAAAAUGAAGUGUUUCACAAUAGAACAACUUGUAUACGAAAUAUUUGAAUUAAAUAAAAAACACAGAUUUUUUUUUCUCCUUUAAAUUGAUAUAUUUUUAUUGAAUCGUAAAAUACACCGAGCAGAGUUAAGUAUAGCACAGCACAUAGGGCAACUGGCCUCUACAGCUUUGCUGGCACAUACGCACCCUUUUGUCGAAAUUUUCCAUGACCAUUUUGCAUAAAUUGGGCUGAAUUUCAUUGAUGCAGCGUUGAAUUUCAUCCCUCAAUGCACGCGUGCUUGUGGGCUUGUUGUCAUAGAUCUUUAACUUUAAAUAACCUCAUAAAAAUAAAUCUAAUGGUGUUUAAGCUCAUGAUCUAUGGGGCCAAUUCUCAAAUUUUCAAACUGUGGCCGCCAGACUUUCAGUAUUUUUGAAAUAUUGUUCAACAAUGUUCAACAUUCUAUCAUGUAACGCUCCAUUUUUAUUAAUCCUAAACUAUCAGGUGUCAAAUGUGUUUUUUUUAAAAUUAGGUUGCCAACACUUUCUGCGCGAAUGGGGUCAAAUUCAAAUCUAGCGUUAAUUUUGGGACACCCUUUAGAUCGUUAAUAAAGUUAAUUUAUUUUAUUUGGCCAUCUUAAAUUAUUUCUUUAAUAACUUGAUUUUAGAAUCAGCAUUCGUAUGCUAUCAGAUUCCACCAACUUUUAUUUUGCUCUUCUGACCCAAAAAUAAAUGUAUUUUUUUAAAAGUAUAUUUCAUAAAUAUAUUCAAUUUCAUAAAAAAAAAAAAUCUGACAUGAAUGCAAAUAUCUUUGCCUUUCUUUCUUAUGGAAAUGUCCGAUUUCUUGGGUCACAUGAUCAAUUAAUUUUAAAGUUCAGAACUGAUCAAUAAUUCAAGCAGAUAUAUUUUGGAAAAACAAAUUAUAUUCAUAAUCUAUUUUUUGGCAUUCUCUUGAUUUUAGUAUCAUAUUUUGCAAGCAAAAUUCUUAUUGUUCUAUACAUAUAAACUAAAGUUAUAGUAAAUGCAGAAAUUCAUCGUAGAAAAUGAUACUUUUAAGCUAAGCAAUCUAAAAGAAGAUGCUUGUUGAAUGAUCAAAGUAAAUGUUACGAAAUUGAAAGUGCUUAUCGAAUUUUUAUUACAUACAUGCCAAGUUUUUAAUGUCAAGUACCAAACUCUCAAUUUUAAAAUAUCGUAGAUAUUUUGUUCUUGCUAUGUAAAUAAAAAUGUUUAAAUGAUAUUACUAUCCAAUAGUAGUGUCAGUUUAAAAAUGCGUUGCAGAUGUAAAGAGAAAUUUUAAAACUUCUGUCUUAAUACUUUUUCUUUGCACUCACUUGAUAUGCUAUUUUUUCCAUCGUAAAGUGAUAAAGUUGCUAUAAAUUGUAUAUUGUUUAAAUAUUCGCAAAUUAUAUUGUAUAAUUGUACUUUGUUACUCAUAUGAAAGCUCAAAUGGCCUGCUGGAACGAGGUGACUUUUAUUUCACAACGUCUCUUUACUUGUAAAAUCUAGAAUAAAAUUUUGUGCUCAAUCACUUCAUAAGACAGCUGAAAACUUUUUUCUUUAGAAACAAUACAAGAUUCACUUGUGCAUUUGUAUGUGUUGCACAGAAUGUGCUUAGUUGAAUCAUCAUUUGAGUUGCUUAAAAAUGCUUUUUAGGUGCAGUUUUUUUUUGCAUUAAAAAAUUAUCGUUUUUAAAGGAGCAGAGUGGAAGAACUUUACGUGAUAUUCUGUUGUUGAACAUUUUUCCCCGUCAUCAUUUUGUGUGCAAGUCUUUUAAUAUGAAAAAAAUUGCCUUACCGUUUGGUUUUUGGCGAAUAAAAUACAGACAAUUUAAAGUCUUUUAAUAUGAAAAAGAUUGCCUUAUCGUUUGGUUUUUGGCGAAUAAAAUACAGACAAUUUAAAGUCUUUUAAUAUGAAAAAGAUUGCCUUAUCGUUUGGUUUUUGGCGAAUAAAAUACAGGCGAUUUCGGAUGGAAAGAAAAAUCAUUGUCGUACAAAAAGGAUUUUCAGAUUUCCAACUUUCAACUACCAGGAUUUAGAAAAUCCGAAGAGAAAUUUUUAAGCUUGUAUCGAUAAACGAUCUAUGUUCAUCUACGAUCUACGAUCGAUGUUCUUUCAGCCUUACCCUUGUGAAUUCUUAUUAAUUAACAUGUGCAAAAUAAAAAGAACCAUCAACUUGCAUUAGUUUGUCACAUUUGUCAUAUUUAUUCAACAGAAAGAUCAAAUAAUAGUUACAAAGCAAUCAAAAAUUUAUAUGACAAAUGAUUUAUGUUAAUUCAAACAUAUUUAUCUGUAAUAUAAACUACUGUUAAAGUGCAUACAAACUUUAGACAAUAUUUUUCAUAAAAAAAAAUUUUUUUAAAUAAUUUUACCUUGAAUUGAGCAAUUUUUGACCUAGACCUUGAAACACUACGUAUUGAAAUGGCUGCCACAAAUUUUGACAAUAUUUGACUAUGCCUAACUAUUGCCAUUUAGCCUAUCAAUAAUAUCUUAUAUCAUUGGAGUUAAUUCCAUGCUCAUUUUGAGGAAGAAGAAAAACCCCAUUGAAUUCGGUUAAUGCAAUAAUUAAAUAAUAAUCACUAUCCAUUAGCUAGAUAUAGUUCUUGCAAUCUUAUUUUGAAUGUUGGGCCUAAAUUGUCCGAAAGUCCCGAAAUUGCCUUAGUUGAAAAUAAUCUAAUAAUCAAGUAAAAUUAAGUACUUAGGUUUUAAAUUCUAAGCAAUGUCGAUGUUAUUUAAAUAAAAUUGCCCUAACAAUGCUAACAUACACGAAUGAUGCUAACAUAAAAAGAAACCGAAUUAAACAAAUUUUAAAAGAAGCAGAAUUAAUAUUUUUUUAAAAGAUCAAUUAAAAAUUAGAAUUAUUUUACCAAAGAAAAUAAACAAAAAUAAACUAUUAUUUAACAGAGUAAAAAAAAUUGCUCUUAAUGUUACAACUAAUAAUUGUACAAUGCUUAAUCGUAUGUAAUGUGUACACGAAUUAACUUCAUUAAUUAGAUUUGAAUGGAAGAAUUUAAGCAAAGUUAGGGAAUAUGAAGUACUGUCACCAAAGUAGCGACUCUUUCAUUACCGUUAUAAUGACUCAAUGAUUUCUCCACCAAUAUGAACUACUACCGAAUUCGGUUAAGUUAUUGGCUGAAAAAAAUUGCAGUUUGGAGAACAUUUGAAGACAGCAUUGUUGCUCCCAACUACUUAAUUUAAAAGAUAUUAACUUUUCUGAAAUUUAUAUUAUUUAUAUGAAGCUUAUAAUAUUAAUAAAAAUAUUAUGCAAAUGCAGAUGCACUUACGGAUUCUAAGGAUGAUAAAUAAUUGCGCCUCUUUAUUUAGUUCUGGAAUUUGGAAUAAAAGUCACCUCUUUAAAAAGAAAUUUAAGGAAUUGUGAUCUCGGUAGUGUGUGUUACAGAUUGUAUAUUUCUGAUGCACAGCAUGUUAUUUAGAAUAUUUUAUCUGUACAAAUACUAAUAUGUAUAUAGUUGGUCAAUCUUACAUAUUGUAUAAAAAAAGACUUAUACUUUUCUGUUUGUUUUGUUUUGUGCUGAAUGAAUUAAGGUUAUUUAAAGUUGAAAUUAUAAAUCUAUUUCAAGUUUA